GCGCAUCCGCCCGACUUACUACCUUCACCACUGCCCUCUGCGCCCAAGCACCCCCCGCGAGCCACGCCCCCCGCCUCGCUCUCGCCUGUUGAGCAAGCUGCUGGAUAUGCCCCGUCCCGUAGAUAUCCCAAAAACUUGACCCCGACGCGGCGCCGCCAGCAGUCGCCGUCAAAGCCACAACAGAAGCCACUGCCAUUGCGAUCCGCCCUACUUCUUCACGUCAUACCGCGCCAAACACUUCCCAACAACGCCCCGAUAGCCUCAAUCGCAGAGCCUCGCACCACCACCGCCGCUGGACCGGCCCGCCGAAUGCGCUAA